CCCCCCCUAUCUGUAGGUUCCGUCAAUGAGGGCUUCGAAACCUUCGGGUCUAGGGCUAGGCGAGACAUCGAACGAACUACUUGGCACGGGGCCGUCUCCAGGUCCAGACCCAUGCCGCGAGACCAGGACCAGCGGAAGGAGACUUUUCGUCCGGUUUCCUACCCUUGAAAAGACGGAGCGGCCAUGUGUGUUCGAGUCCCUUGGGCUACGAGAUGUCCUUCCCAGGCGGGUGUGCUCCUGCGACAGAGAAGGGGGUGGCAUGUCAGUAACAUGCGAAGGAUGCGAGACAGACAUGCAGAGAUGGGGGGGGGAGAGCAGGGGCGAAGUUGGGAUACCCAGCAGGUGUCUAUGUACGGCUUGCACAGGGCUAGACUUGCGCGCCACGCAGGGAGAUCCCAUCUCAGAGAGCCAGCGCCGUUUCAGAUGUUGGCCGUCCCGUCUUACAAGUCCGGUGUUCAGGUGUGUGUUCAGGUGUGUGUUGGUGAUUGUGGUACCGGUAUUGUACUUGAAUCACCACGUACAGGGAGAUCCCACGUGCCAAGCCGCCGCGAGCUUAUCGGCCGAAGUCUGUUUGCUGUGCCCAAGACUUUACAGAGCAAGUCGAAGCAAUCGUUCGUCAUCGAAGUGCAGCUUGCAUCUCGGUCAGAGGGGGCGACAUCUCGAUGUUACGUGGGAUGCAUGCUCAAGCAAGGCUUCAGCACACCACACAGACCGAAUGAAGGAGUCGAAUGCCUUCACUCUUGGUGGCCUUGGAUGUUUGGGAUGGAAGCUGGGGGCUGAGAGCUGGACACCGGAAAGGAUUGCCGGUUGUUGCUGAAACAAACGUGGAUGGGAGGGAACCAAACCGGGCCGGAAACGGGGCUGCAUGUGUGGCGUACGAUGUGGCUUGACCCAUAUGCGUCCCCCAACUUCGCGUGGCUGAAGCUACCCCUCUAAGCCAGAUAUGGUAGGUGCUUACCAACGAC